AUAUUACUUUACGCCGGCGACACACCAUUUUCGUCGUAAAAAUUUUCGCGAGCAAUCGACACACUUCAUACGCGAUUUUCCUCGGCAGUGAAUCAGUCUCUUCCACGUUAAACUCUUAAGAAGCCAAUUGACACGAAGUUACAGCUACAAUGUAGCUCUAAAACCGAAACGCGAACGCGAUUGUUUUUUCCGCUUCAGCAAAGAUUUCUUUUCACCGCUUUUACCGCAGUGUCUAUAUUUCAUUUUCUCCAUAACACGAAUUUAACACUUAACAAUUUAACGAUACCCGUAUCGAACGAACAUCGCGAAUUACUUCUUAAAAUUUCUUAAAAACAAUUGCUAUUCGUGUAAAUAUAAAACAGUGGUCAAUAAUUAAAUACAUAAUCAUCAUUAUUCGAUAUAUCAACCAAAAUUACCAAUGAAAACGCGUCGAGUCAGCUGAUUGAAAUUCUCAAGAGCAACCAAAACCAACAUCUCUACCAAGAAAUAAUCGAAUUGGGACAUCGUAGUGGCAAGAAAGACGAUAUAAUAAAAUAAAGUAAUCAAACAACUCCGAUCACAGAACUCGAAUCAAAAUAUUAUUAUUCUUUUCCGAGAGAAAUCGAAUAUUUUUUGGAAAGUUAUAUAAAAAGGAGAAAAAAGAAACGUUCGCUGGGGGCGAUCGAUAACGAGAAGAGACCAGUUCCAGUUAACCCAAACACAAGUACUCCGUGUACGGAGCGGCUUAAAGGGACCCAUUGUUACGAUUUCUUCUAUGCGGCAAGAAUCCCAGAACGGUCUGAAGAUCAGACCAGCGGGUGACCACGGUGUGCAUCACGGUGGUGUCAUGCUUGAGGAAGACAUGGCUGGCGCCCAGGAUACUAUAUACCUGUGCAACUUCCGUGUAUCGGUGGACGGCGAGUGGCUGUGCCUGAAAGAGCUUCAGGAUGUCGAGUUCUCGUUGCACGACUCGAUUCAACGAUCCCCCUCACCACCGCUUGCGCUAAGUGCACGAGAUCCAGUCAUCAUCGAGAGGAGUAACCUCGUUAAUAUCUCGAAAUUAAUCGUGAAGGAGCUGAUCGAAACGUCUUUGAAGUAUGGUCGAAUGCUCGACUCUGAUCAUAUGCCAUUGCAACAUUUCUUCAUCGUUCUUGAACACGUGCUUAGGCAUGGUUUGCGACCAAAGAAGGGUCUCCUUGGACCCAAGAAGGAGCUUUGGGAUAUUCUACAACUCGUUGAGAAAUAUUGCCCCGAAGCGCAGGACAUUACGUCCAGUAUUCGUGAUCUACCUACUGUUAGGACCGCCAUGGGUAGGGCGAGAGCAUGGUUGCGUAUGGCGUUAAUGCAGAAAAAGUUGGCGGAUUACUUAAAAGUUUUGAUCGAUCACAAAGAGGACAUACUGUCCGAGUAUUUCGAGCCUGAUGCUCUGAUGAUGAGCGAGGAGGCGAUCGUUAUAAUGGGCCUGUUGGUAGGUUUGAACGUGAUCGAUUGCAAUUUCUGCGUAAAGGAGGAAGACCUCGAUUGUCAACAAGGGGUGAUCGAUUUUUCAUUGUAUCUGCGGAACAGCAAUCAUAUACCUGGUGAAUCCCCAGACGACGAGCUGGAGAAUGACAACAUGACCACCGUGCUCGAUCAGAAAAAUUACAUCGAGGAGCUGAAUCGACACUUGAACGCGACUGUGACCAACCUUCAAGCUAAAGUGGAAUCAUUGACAACGACGAACGCUCUCAUGAAGGAGGAUCUCUCUAUCGCUAAAAAUAAUAUACUGUCCCUUCACGAGGAGAAUAGACAAUUGAAGAAAGAGUUGGGAAUCGAGAUCAAAGACACGAACGAGAAUGGGAAACCACCGAUCAAAAUCACUGAAACGACCACGGAAAUCGAGGAGUUGAGAAGUAGAUUAGAGGCUGAAAAGAAAAUGCGGCAGGAUGUAGAGAAGGAAUUAGAGUUGCAGAUGAGCAUGAAGUCGGAAAUGGAAGUGGCUAUGAAACUGUUGGAGAAAGAUAUUCACGAGAAACAAGACACGAUUAUAUCGUUACGGCGACAACUCGAUGAGAUCAAAUUAAUUAACUUGGAAAUGUAUAAAAAGCUACAGGAAUGUGAGCACGAACUAACGCAGAAAGGGGAAAUGGUGAGCCGGCUGCACGCGAAGACGAAUCAAAUAGGGAAGAUCCUGAAUAAUCUCGAGAAGUGCAACCACAUGAAAAAGGAGGUGGAGAAUAUUCGUAGCCCGACGACACCGAGCAGUGUAUCGAAAUCGAUUCUAAAUAAGACCAGUCCCACCUCGCCCAGAUGUUACACGUCCGCUGACAAUGCGGUCGAUUAUCAACAACAUCCCCAGUCCAAUAAUCAGCAACAAUCGGCUAACAAUCUACAAAAGUCGACUAAUAACCAGCAGCAAAUAUCAUCAUCCAUUAACCAUAAUCACCAACAAUCCAAUAACGUUCAACAAAAGUCUGUCGUUAAGCAAUUAGAUUCCCCUAAUAAUAACAAACAAACGAGGGUAGACGCUCAACAAAAUGGCGCCAAGUGCAAGGGUACGGCGAAGCCUGAUAAGAGAGAGCAGAGUAACGGUGAGGUUUCCGUGGGGGAAUCCGGAGAGGAACGAUCAACCGCAUAAA